AUGAAUCCUAUUAGACUUCUGCUACUGGGGGCUCCAGGAUCUGGUAAAGGUACCCAAACUUCCCGACUUUUGGCUCAUUUCAAGCACCUGCAAUCAGUAUCAUCUGGAGAUUUACUUCGACAACAAAUUCAGCGCGAAACACAAUUGGGCAAAGUUGCUGCUCGAUACAUAUCACAAGGGGCUUUACUGCCCGAUGCAUUCAUCACAGAGCUUGUACAGAACGAAUUGAGCUCUAAAGGAUGGUUGUCCCCUAAGUCCAGCUUCCUGCUUGAUGGAUUCCCCAGAACUAUAAAGCAAGCGAAAGCGCUCCGCAGCAAGCUGUCCCCGCACAAGGCAGCCCUAACCAUGGUUGUAGAACUAGAUGUGCCCGAAAGCGUUAUUUUGGAACGCAUUGAGAAUCGUUACGUCCACGUUCCAAGCGGAAGAGUGUACAAUUUAACAUACAACGCCCCAAAAGUGGCCGGCAAAGAUGAUCUUACAGGCGAACCACUGACUAAACGGCCUGAUGACACCGCUGAGGUGUUUCAAAAAAGACUCGACAACUACAAGCAAACGCUGGCCCCAUUAAAGCAGUUUUACACGGAUUUGGGAAUUCUGCAUCGAGUUUCGGGUGAAACAUCGGAUAUCAUCUUUCCCAAGCUUCUCGCACAAGUCGAUAAAGCAAUUUACGAAUGA